AUGUCCGCGCCACCGCCCGCCCGCCCGGCCACGGGUCGAGCUCGUGCCGGCUCUUUGAGCGACGCCAUCUCCCAGGUGCCCCAGAACGCCAACUCCCAGGACGAGGCCAGCGCCGUCUCGGCCGUCACGGGCAAGCAGCAGUCCGAGGCCAGCGCCGACGCCAAGCGCCAGGCGGGCGGCUGGAGCGUCGACCGCGAAGACAUCCACCAGAGCCGCGGCCUCGUCCUCGACAUCCUCACCUUCCGCUGGAUGACGGCGCCCGUCUCGUCGGCAAAGCUCGCCAGCAUCUUCAUCCUGAGCUACCUGCUCUGCAACCUCCUGGGCGACGAGGAGCGCAACCCCUUCCGCCCGUUCCUCUUCAUCACGCACCAGGUCCCCAAGUCGCAGGUGCUCGUCGACACGACCUCGGUCGCCGCCGCCACGUCCUCGAUCCGCCAGGCCAUCCAGUCGGUGUGGUCGCGCAGCGGCGAUGCCGACCUGGUGCGCUACCAGAAGGGCUACAACGACCUCAAGUUCCUCGUCUUCUAUGUCAUCGUCUUCAGCUUUAUCCGGCAGACGACGACCCUCUACUUUUUCAAGCCGUUUGCCAAGUGGUGGGGCAUCAAGGGCGAGUCGAAGCAGGCGCGCUUCACCGAGCAGGGCUACGCCGUCCUGUACUGGGGCAGCGCCGCCGCGUUUGGCCUCUACGUCAUGUCGUUCCAGGAGAGCUGGUGGUACAACCUCGAGCACCUGUGGCUCAAGUACCCGCACUGGCAGAUGCGGCCCGACCUCAAGCUCUACUACCUCCUCCAGUUUGCCUACUGGCUGCAGCAGGCCCUCGUCAUGCUGCUCCGCCUCGAGAAGCCGCGCAAGGACUACUACGAGCUCAUCGCCCACCACCUCGUCACCCUGUGGCUGAUUGGUUGGUCGUACCUCAUCAACCUCACCAUGAUUGGCACCACCGUCUUUGUGUGCAUGGACAUCCCCGACACGUGGCUCGGCAUGGCCAAGGCGCUCAACUACAUGCAGCUCGACACGCUCGCCACCGGCGUCUUUGCCGUGUUCAUGGUCAUCUGGACCUACUUCCGCAUCUACCUGAGCGCAAAGACGCUCGUCUCGGUGUGGUUCCAGUUUGACCUCAUCCCCUCCUGGACGCGCGAGUGGAACCCGGAAAAGGGCUGGUGGCUCGUCCCCUGGAUGAAGUACCAGAUCUUUGCGCCCCUCUUUAUCCUCCUCCUCCUCAACAUCUUCUGGUACUAUCUCAUGUGGCGCAUCAUGAUCCGGGCGCUCCGCGGCGUGGUUGCCGACGAGCGGGAAGAGGGCGAGGACGACGAAGAGGAAGUCGAGGAGACCAAGAAGGACCAGUAG